AGGAAAAUCACGUUUCGUUUGAUUUCAGAAAUAGUACUGUAUUUUUCUCUUAUUACAACUAAAAAAUAACAGGAAAGUGCUCCUAAAACCCAAACUGAUGCUGGAGGAUGGCAGAGCAGUCUAAGGAACUGUGACUGAGGAAUCGCAAGUGUCCCACCCGCGCGUUGUUGAAAGCUCCAAAGGGUGAACACUGCUGCUUGUUUAUCCGAAAGGGCUUUUUCUGGUGGGGGUGCUUGUCUUGCAGGCCAAGGACAGCGAUGACGACGACGAAGUUGCUCUCGGGGUCGACCGGGACCACUUCAUGGACGAGUUUUUCGAGCAGGUGGAAGAGGUUCGGGGACUCAUAGACAAGAUCUCCGAGAACGUGGAGGAGGUGAAGCGGAAGCACAGCGCCAUCCUGGCGGCCCCCAAUCCCGGCGAGCGAACCAAGGCGGAGCUGGAGGAACUGAUGGCGGACAUCAAGAAGACGGCUCACAAAGUCCGCUCCAAGCUGAAGGGCUUUGAGCAGAGCAUUGAGCACGAAGAAGGGCUGAACAGGUCAUCAGCGGACUUGCGAAUACGGAAGACCCAGCAUUCCACCCUGUCUCGGAAGUUUGUCGAGGUGAUGUCGGAGUACAACGCCACGCAGUCGGACUACCGGGAGCGCUGCAAGGGGCGAAUCCAGCGGCAGCUGGAGAUCACUGGUAGAGCCACGACCAGCGAGGAGCUGGAGGACAUGCUGGAGAGCGGGAACCCUGCCAUCUUCUCCUCUGGGAUCGUCGUGGAUUCCAGCGUCAGCAGGCAGGCGCUGCACGAGAUCGAGACCCGGCACAGCGAGAUCCUCAAGCUGGAGAGCAGCAUCCGCGAGCUGCACAACAUGUUCGUGGACAUGGCCACGCUGGUGGAGAGCCAGCAGGUCCAGCACAGGAUGGCGUGGAAGGGAGCCAGGAGCCACCCCUCUCCAGGCGAGCGGGUCCUGCAGAGCACCACCCGCCGCGCGGCAGUGAGCCGGUCUCUGUGCGUCCCCCACUGCGCAGGGCGAGAUGAUCGAUCGCAUCGAAUAUAACGUGGAACAUGCCGUGGACUAUGUAGAGAGAGCCGUUUCGGACACCAAAAAGGCCGUCAAGUACCAGAGCAAAGCCCGGCGGGUGAGCCCUCUGUGCGUCUGUGUGGGGGCUGAGGCCCCCCUGCCCCGUGCAAGGGAAGGGGCUGGGGGGGUGCUUUGCGGGGACCGACUCUGGAGCACCUCGGAUGAUCAGUCGACUCCUGUGCUGCUAAACUUGGCGCAGGCCCUGGCAUUGGACCUGGGGCCCUUGCUUUGGCCAGCCCUUCCUGGGAACUGGGGCUGAACCCCCCCCCCCCCGCUAUGCACACACCAUUCUCUCCACCUCUGUGGGCACCCUGCGCUGCCGCCCUGGACCUGGGGCCGACCACCUAUUUGGUCUUCUUCCGAACUAUUCUGCUCGUUAUUCGCUUUUCCCGGAAAGCCUGCUGAGGAUCUGCAGAAGCGUGGGGGUGCCGCUUCCGUGCCGUCACUCUCAUCUUCAGGUCCCCGACCCUCUGGUGGGUGGUGAGGGUGGCAGGGAGUCUUCAGCGCCAGAGGCGGUGCAGUGAGAGAGAGUGACGCUGGUUAAGGAAGGGGUUUCUGCCUCGAUCUAUCAAAGCCCAAGAACGGAUCCACCAAGAAAAACGGUGUCUGCAGGUGUGCUGCCGAAAUGGAGGCUGCUGAGGGAGCGGUGCAGGCAGUGGCCUGGCCUCUCCUCCGGCUCGUGCCUGGCGUGCGUGGCUCCUUCGGCUCACACGGCGCCACUGUCGUUUCCUCCUCUUCCAGAAGAAGAUCAUGAUCGUCAUCUGCUGCGUGGUGCUGGGCGUCGUCAUCGCCUCCACCGUCGGCGGGAUCUUCGGCUAGGGGCCGCAGCCCAGA